UCUUUGGUCCAGAGUUUGGGAGUAAAGGGUGCUCUUGUUCAAUCCCAUUUUCUCUUAUCUUUCAAAAGAAGCCGCAAAAUAAAAAUAAAACAUGGAAUCAUGUAUUCAUGCUUUGCCUAUUCCAGAUUCAAUCAAAAAUAUUGUACCAGAGGUUACUCGUCGAUCUGCGAAUUUUCAUCCUAGCAUUUGGGGAGACGAUUUCCUUGCAUAUGCCUCUCAUGCCGUGGAAGUAGAUGUUAACAUGGAGCAACAACUCCAACAGCUGAAAGAAGAAGUGAGAAAAAUGCUCCUGGCAGCUGUUGAUGAUCAGCCUUCACAGAAACUGAACUUCAUCGAUGCAAUCCAACGCCUAGGCGUGUCUUACCAUUUCGAAACUGAGAUCGAGGCAGCUUUACAGCACAUAUAUGAAACCUAUUAUGAUCACCAUGAUGACAAAGCCAAUGGUGAUCUUUAUACCGUUGCUCUCUCGUUUCGCUUAGUUAGACAACAAGGACAUCCUGUCUCUUGUAAUGUGUUCAACAAAUUCAAGGACAACAAUGGCAAAUUUCAUGAAUAUGUAAUUGGUGACGUACAAGGAAUGCUAAGCUUGUAUGAAGCUACACAUCUCAGGAUGCGAGGAGAAGAGAUACUAGAUGAAGCACUGGUUUUUACCACCACUCACCUUAAGUGUGCAAUACUUAACUUGAGCAAUCCUCUUAAAGAACAAGUAAUUCAUGCUCUGAAUCAGCCCAUCCAUUAUGGCUGCACAAGGAUAGAGUCAAGCCAUUACAUAUUCUUCUAUGAACAAGAUGAUUCCCAUAAUGAAGUUCUACUGAAUUUUGCCAAAUUAGAUUUCAACCUAUUGCAAAAAACACACCAGUGGGAGCUAAGCGAAAUCACAAGAUGGUGGAAAGAUUUGGACUUUGCAAAGAAACUACCUUUUGCAAGAGAUAGAUUGGUGGAGUGCUACUUCUGGAUAUUGGGAGUAUACUUUGAGCCCCAAUAUUUUCUAGCUAGAAGGAUACUAACCAAAGUAAUCGCCUUGACUUCCAUUAUUGAUGACAUCUAUGAUGCCUAUGGUACCUUGGAAGAACUUGAACUCUUCACUGACGCAGUUGAGAGGUGGGAAAGCAGUGCCUUAGAUCAACUUCCAGAAUACAUGAAGCUGUGUUAUCAAGCACUACUAGAUGUGUACAAUAUGAUUGAUGAAGAGAUGAGCAAGCAAGAAAGAUCAUAUUGCGUCCACUACGCAAAAUCUACCAUGAAAAUUUUAGUUAGAGCAUACUUUGAAGAAGCCAAAUGGUUUCACCAAGGCUAUGUUCCAUCUAUGGAAGAGUAUAUGAGUGUUGCACUAGUAACCAGUGGUCACCCAAUGCUUGCAACCACUUCGUUUGUGGGCAUGGGAGAAGUGGCGUCCGAAGAGGCCUUUGAUUGGGUGUCAAAUAAUCCUUUAAUUGCUCAAGCUUCGUCAGCGGUUGGCAGACUCAUGAAUGACAUGGUUGGCCACAAGUUUGAGCAAAAGAGAGGUCAUGCAGCCUCGGCAGUUGAAUGCUACAUGAAACAACAUGGCGCAACAGAAGAAGAAGUGCUUGUUGAAUUUCGUAAGCUAGUUACAAAUGCAUGGAAAGACAUAAAUGCAGCAUACCUUCGCCCAACUGCGGUCCCAAUGCCUCUCCUGUUGCGAAUAGUCAACCUUACACGAAUGACACAUGUUAUAUACAAGGAUGAAGAUGGUUACACCCAUUCUGGAACCAGGGUCAAAGCUUUUGUAACCUCUGUGCUCGUCAAUCCUGUGCCAACCUCAACAUCAAAAUCGUUCCAUCCUUCACGGAAGUGAUUGAUUCCCUAGAAGGCGGGGAUUAACUUGUUUCCUGAAAGCAUUAUCUGAAAUUAUUUGAAGGGACAUUUUUCAACAGGCCUCUUAAUGUAAAAGUAUAGUAGAAUAAGUCCCACAAAAGAUAUCUUUAAUGGGAUUGGAUGUUACUUAGAUGUGUUUUUUUUUUUCGUAAAGUUAUUUUCUUAUAUGUGGAUUUCCCUGGUUACAUUGUGUUUCGAGAUUAGGUUAGAGUCAAUGUACUCUUUUUAUCUAUUAAAAUUGGUGGUGGAGUUUUUGUUAAA